CAGCCAAGCCAGCUAAAGCUUCUUCAUCACAGAGCAAAAAUAUCACCUGAGAUCAUGAAACUCUUGGUCGUCCUCCUCCUGGUAGCUUCCGCGGCUGCACGACCCGAAGCAGGAGGUGUGACUGCGGUGAGCACCCCAACUGCUACUGUAGGAGGAAUUGGUGUAGUCCCGGCGAACGCAGGAGUAGGAUACGUCCCGGCGAACGCAGGAGUAGGAUACGUCCCGGCGAACGCAGGGGUAGGAUACGGAGGAGUCGGCCUAGGCGUCGCCAACCCAGGUCUCGGUCUAGGCGUCGCCAACGGAGGUCUAGGUCUAGGCGUCGGGAACGGACUCGGCGUUGUUACGGUCAUUCCCGCGUACUCGCCCGGAGGCCUCGGUCAAGGGGUUGUCCCCGGAUAUGGUCUUGCCUUGGGACUUGGCGGUGGCUUAGGAUAUGGCUUAGGCUACGGCAUAUACAAUGGCAUCGGCUUGAACAACCUUGGUAUUAAUAAUCUUGGUAUAAACAAUCUGGGUAUUAAUAAUCUCGGUAUAAACAAUCUAGGUAUUGGCUCUAUUGGUACUGGUUACGGACAGGCUUGGUAGGCACGGAAGGCAGGAUUCCUCCUCAGGUGCAAAUUUCAGUUAUGUUAUUAUUUAUUUAUCGAUGGAACGAACGUAUUCACUACGCUUAUAACUUAUGACUGGGCGACGAUGCUUUAUUUAUCGAUGAAAUAUAUUCCAUAUGUUGUGAGAGAUUUCAUUUGAAGUUCCUGUAUAUAUACUGAAAAAUGAUAGCA